GUCCUGUCAGAUGAGCACCUCAACAAGACCGCCUUUCCGCCCGGCAAAAAUGGAACUACCUUUUUGUCUGGCGCUUUGGGGGCUUUGAAGGAGUGUAAUCAUGUCUCUGUAGCGAUCCGGGCAUUGUAAGAUUUUUACAAAGGCUUGAGACCCCGAAUUUGCCUUGAUCCAUUCGUUUCUGGGCUGUGGUUUGGUUAUACACUGAGCAGUAAUCCCUGUGCAGAUCGGCAGCAGUCGAGCGAUAAGCCCCUGCUUUCUACGCAGUUUGGAAAUUGGGGGUCAUGACAAUCGCUCAACAGGAUUUUUGGAUAUUUUGGAAGAACCAGGGAUGUAGGAUUUGAGUUUUAUAUUGAGGUUUGAAGCCGGCUGUUGGAAGAGAUCGCUUUUCCCUGCCAGGACCUGAUGCAAUCCAUUCAAGCCAACAAGUUUGGAGAGAAUGUUGAGUUCAAUCAAUUCAGAACGUCGAGAUGGAGCCCAAUUCAGUUCAGUGGGUCGGAUCUCCGUGUGGUUUACACGGACCGUACAUUUUCUACAAGGCUUUUCAAUUCCACCUUGAAGGCAGACCAAGAAUUUUGUCCCUUGGCGAUUUUUUCUUUGUAAGAUGUAAGCCAGAGGAUCCGAUUUGCAUAGCGGAGCUACAGCUGCUGUGGGAAGAAAGGACUUCUAGGCAACUUUUAUCCAGCUCCAAACUUUAUUUUCUUCCAGAAGAUACACCCCAAGGCAGAAACAGUGACCAUGGCGAGGAUGAAGUUAUUGCUGCUUCAGAAAAGGUAACAGUGAAGCUUGAAGACUUGGCAAAAUGGGCCCGGGCAGAUUUCUCUAAAUGGAAACGUGGCCUCCGGGGUGAAGCCAUCAGACCCACAGAACUGGGAAAGAACGGGCAGAAGGAAGUGCUGAGCAGGUUCAGGCAAACCACACACAACAGCGGCCUCAACUUUAAAGACAUUUUGAAGGAAAAGGCUGACCUUGGUGAAGAUGAUGAAGAUUCCAAUGUGCUGAUCCUCAGCUAUCCACAAUACUGUCGCUAUCGUUCCAUGCUGAAGCGCAUUCAGGGGAAGCCAUCCUCCAUACUAACAGACCAGUUUGUAUUAGCCCUUGGGGGCAUUGCCGUAAUCAGCAAAAACCCACAGAUCCUCUACUGUCGAGAAACGUUUGAUCACCCUACUCUUAUUGAAAACGACUGUAUAUGCGAUGAGUUUGCGCCAAAUCUUAAAGGCAGACCACGCAAAAAGAAGUCAUGCUCACAGAGAAGAGAUUCACUCAAUGGCAUUAAAGAUUCCAAUAAUAAUUGUGAAGGCAAAGCUGUUGCCAAGGUAAAAUGUGAGGCUAAAUUGCCUUUGCCCAAAACCAAAAAUAACAACUGUAAAAAGGGCUCAGUUGAGGAUAAAUCAAAGGUUUCUGUAGGUGAAGAAUGCAGAGCGGAUGAACAGGCAUUCCUUGUGGCACUUUAUAAAUAUAUGAAAGAAAGAAAAACACCAAUCGAACGAAUUCCGUACCUUGGUUUUAAACAGAUUAACCUUUGGACUAUGUUUCAAGCUGCUCAAAAACUGGGAGGAUAUGAAACAAUAACAGCCCGCCGACAAUGGAAACAUAUUUAUGAUGAAUUAGGUGGUAACCCUGGAAGCACAAGUGCAGCUACGUGUACUCGUAGACAUUAUGAAAGAUUAAUUCUGCCCUAUGAAAGAUUUAUUAAAGGAGAGGAAGAUAAGCCACUACCUCCUGUGAAACCUCGAAAACAAGAUAAUGUCACCCAGGAGGUGGAAAGUAAGAUAAAAUUGUCUGGAACAAAACGCAUCAAAAAUGAACACCAAAAGAGCAAGAAAGAAAAAGACAAUGCACAGAAGCCUCAGGAUGCACCUCAGGUUUCAUCAGAACAAGAGAAGGAUCAAGAAUGUCCAGACCAGAAAAGCUCAUCUGAGCUGACUGUAGCAGAGGAUAUGAAGGGGUCUAUAGAAGAGCCCCAGGUUUCUCCACUAGAUGCAGCUGGGAUGCCAUCUUUGGAAAAAAACAACUUGAAAAAUAUCAGCCCAAACAGUGGGGAAGUCAAGGAGGAGAUGCCAUCUGAAGAUUCUUUUUCAAGUGCUUUGGUGCCCCCAGAAGAAGAUGUCUUGAACUCGGCAGUCAGUAAACUCCCCAGUCCAUCAGAAGUCCUAGAUGAGCCAAAGCAGGAACAAAGAGCGCAUUGUCUCUCAGAUGAUCUAGAAAGUGAUGUCCAAGAAAUCCCAUUUAAUAACUUUCCCACCAUCCAACUACCACUUCCAACUCAAAGCGAGAUGGAAGACGAUAAACUCCCAGAGAUGGCGGACUACAUUGCCAAUUGCACAGUUAAAGUGGAUCAGUUAGGGAAUGAGGACAUACACAAUGCACUGAAACAGAGUCCCAAAGUCCUUGUAGUACAGAAUUUUGACAUGUUCAAAGAGAAAGAAGUGCCGGGUUCCCUUAAUGGGGAUCCUGGUUUCGGUUGCACACCACUACUCUACUCCAAAGGCAACCCAGGCAUCAUGUCACCUCUGGCAAAGAAGAAGCUUCUGUCGCAAGUCAGUGGGGCAACCCUCUCAUGUAGCUAUCCUUAUGGCUCACCCCCACCUUUGAUCAGCAAGAAGAAAUUAAGCAGCAAAGAAGACCUGUUGUCAAGCAUGUCACAGGCUCCUCAUGCUCCUGUGACAGAUACUGCAGCACUCAGCAGGCCAUCUGUGAUCCAACAUGUACAGAGUUUUAAACCCAAGAAUUCAGAGGAAAGGAAGUCUGCUAGUGAAACUUACAGGCAUGAAUUGCUACUAAAGAAACCCGAUUCUGAAUGUUGUGAUUUUUCCAAACAACACCUGAGUGCUCUGGCUGAAUCCUAUGCACUGAAGUCAGAAAUUCAGGACAUGAAAGAUAGAAUGAAUGAAAAAAGGGGCCUGCACCACUCCCACAUGCCCACCUUCUUGGCAGAUUUUUAUUCAUCUCCUCACCUGCACAGCCUUUACAGGCACACUGAACACCACCUUAAUAGUGAACAGGCAUCAAAGUACCUCCCUCGAGACAUGUACAGAGGUACAGAAAACCUUUCAAUGUUCCCUCAGCACAAGCACCAAGAUAAACGAAGCUUAAGCUAUCACCCCCCUUUGCAUCAGCAAGAAAAAAAGAGCCCUAUGGAAGUCUCCUUGGAUGAUCAGCCGACAGAUCUGAGUCUUCCGAAAAGUACUCACAAACAGACUGCAAAAGCUCUGGGAUCAUCUUCCCUCUUGCAUGCUUCAGUUGGGCAGCAGGAGAGCAAAAGCAUUUCCCAGUUUCAAGCCUUGAGCUGCCAGCCUCUGAGCAUAGACUGUAAUCCCAAAGCUUGCCGUGUUUCUCCAAUGACUGUGUCAGCCCCAAAGAAGCACGGUGAGCCUCUUCUCAGGAUCAGCAAACAGCAGAACCCGAGGAAGAUAGAAGGCAUGGUCCAUCCCAUCCUCAGCCACAAAACAAAUGCUCAGACCAUUGGGGCAGCUCGGCCUCUGAAGCGCAGCCUGGAGGAUUUGGACAAAGCCAUUUCGGAAAAAAAGAUCCGAGCUGUCUCACCCCUGCGCUUACCAAAGGAAGCCCCUGUGAAAGACAAGAGUCUCGAGCAAGAGGGGGAGGGCAGCAAAUCCCUGCAUGGCCUCCCUCCCAGUGGCAUGCUGGAGGGCCACAAGUUUCCCCUCUCAAGCCCCAUCUUCACAGGCUUAUACCCAGGAACUUUGUGCAGCAGCCUCAGCAACCGAAUUCCAUCUGGGUACUCUCAUCCUCUGCAGUACUUGAAAAAUCAGACAAUGCUUUCUCCACUAAUGCAGCCUUUGGCUCUCCAUUCAUUCAUGGUGCAAAGACAAUUCCUUACAUCCCCUGGAAAUUCACAGCAGCUUUACAGGCACUUAGCUGCAGCAACACCUGUAGGAAGUUCAUAUGGUGACCUUUUGCACAACAACAUUUAUCCUUUGGCUGCUAUCAAUCCUCAGGCUGCUUUUCCGCCUUCUCAGCUGUCUUCUGUACAUCCGAGCACAAAACUGUAAAUCCUCCCUUUAAAACAACAACAAAAACUACAUUCCUUUAGCUUGUGAUGUCUUGCAAAAUUUAAAAACAAAAAGUCAAUAUUUGUGUUAUAAGCAGUUUUGUCCCUCAUUGCCAAAGGCUUCAGAUUUGAUUGAGGGUCAGGCAAGACAGUGGUUUUGGGCUUUGUUUUUCACCUCUGACUCCCGCACCUGUUCCUUCCAUGGCCAUUUCACUUUGCACAAGAAGGUUCCAAAAAGAAUCUAUGUCUUGCUGAAAACAAAUGUCACAGCAGACCAGGUGGUAUAUUAGCUGUUUUUCCUGAUCUUGGAGAAAAAUAUUUUUGUUUGUUUGGUUGGUUCCCCCCCCCCCCAAGAGAGUGGGUUUUGGAGCAUUUCAAUUAGAAAAAGAGGCAGGUCUGAUGAGAGAGAAGGUGGGACAAGCAGGUGAUGAGUGUAUGUUGCUUCUUUGGGUACCAUUUUGUUUUCUGACUGCUCAGAUUUCAAAUUAAUGCAGUGUAUUACUAUACUGAACUUCAUAGCAUUUCAUCUUAACACUAUCAAAACAGGAAAAGUAAACUUGGUUAAAUUAGACUUUACAUAUCUGCUUCAAAAAUGAAACAAAAGAAUUUCUAGUGUCAAGUUCAUUUGUAUAAUUUAUGUAAGUUCUUAAUUUCAACCUAUCCUAAACUCUGUUUGUUUGUUUGUUUGUUUGCUUGCUUUGUUUAAAAACAAAGAAAAAAUUGGCUCUGGCAAUUGAGGGCUUUUUUUUGAAAAUGCAUCUGCAUCCUUUUCCUCCUUUUUUUCUCUGUGCUUAUACUUUUAGAGUAGCUUUUUGGGUGGUGAUGCCAUUGUUUACAAAACAAAAAAACCCCUUUUCAGUGACCCUUUCCAAUGGAUAGAAGCAUACUGUAGAUCACACAGUUGUGAAUGAGUCCAAACUUGGGUUCCUUCUCAAGCAACGGAAUCCUCUAAAGGUGCUGAGCUCUCCCCUCAGCCAUCAGAAGGGUUCUUUAGUUGUUCAUACAUUGCUGUUUUAUCGGCCACUGAGAUUUGGCUUUUCGGUAUCAUGAUCUGUGAAUUUGUUAAAAAAUUGUACUUAACCUUAUCCAGGCUGUGAAGCUGUCCUGCAUACCAGAAAGGGAACAUGCUCAGGACUACACUGGCAACAAGUUAUUCAAUAACAUUGGAGUCUAGAGAACCUUUCUGGUGGGCUGCAAAACUAUUUCAAGAAUUUUAGCCAUUAGAAGAGAAAGAAGGGAAAGAAUUUUAGUUAAAGACAUUCUGGAUUCUGUGCUGCUGAAGUGGGAUUGGUGAGGAUGGAUGUCCUUCCUGAGAAAGGGAUUAACAACAAGGAGUUGUUCCAAGGUGUUUGAGGGGCACAUUUGGCUAUGAAUUGGCUGCACUGUUUGCUUGGUGGUCUCUUGCUGUUAGUCCUACAAAGUGCUGAACAUUCCACCUUGUUCCAGCAAAAUAUUUUGACCAUGGGAUUUAGUAUUAAACAAAAUGGCAGCUUAAUCUACAAAUCACGUAAAACAGAUUUUACUUGAUUUUGACUCUUUGGUCCUAUUGAACAAAAGUUCCACGUCAGUGGGACUUUUAAGCCUGAGCCUGAGCGUUCUGUUGACUCUGAUGAGAGUCUUCCUGCUGAAAGCUAAAAUUUGCCUUGAGAUAUUUUGCUGGAACGGGCUAAGUGCUCAGAUCAUUGCAGGAUCAGGACCACAGCAUGAAGGGCCAGCAGCUAUGUCUAAAAGGGGAUUUAUUUUGAACUGAGGAAAGGCUUGAAGGACCAGCAAAUGUGGUUUCACCCACUGACUCACUACUGUGCAAGCUGGGGGAGGCUUUAACAGAGCACCUUGCUGUAUUAUACACUCGUGGGCAAAGAGCACUUUUCAUGCAUGUGUGCGCACCCAUCCUACACACACUCCCGUGUAAACAGUAAGAGUAAGAGUCCUCUCUUUAUGGACCUCACUUGGCUGCUUACUCUCAUUUGCUUUUAUCUUGGCUUAUGCAUGAGCACCUGAAGUGCACAAGGGACAGUUUUGUUCAGCCUGUGGUGGUGUUCCUACUGAGAGAGAAAUGGGUUCAAAGAGCCCUUUCCUGUUUGGCACUAAGCCAAGGGUCAUGUAGGAAACCUUGGGGACUGUGUGUUCUGGAUCUAUCCCAUUACUUCCAUAUUCCUCUCUGACACCAUGUACCAGUGCAAGUGACAUUUCCCACCAAACAGAGAGGAAGUGUCAGGUGCUGUAGUGCAGCUCUGUUCAUAUCAAAGAAACAAUGCCAGUUUAUACUAGCUUUAACAAUAUGGGCACGGUCUUGGAGGUUGUAGUUUCAAGUCUUUCUCAUGGAUCUGCUGAGUUUCCACCUCCCAUUCAGGAAGCAUCAAAUGCGUGCAGGCUGCCCCACAUGUGCUUGGCACCAUGCGGCAUGGUCAUGACAGCCCAGUGAACACUUGGCUCAGCACUGGUCUGCUUGAGGGUUUUUUGGGGGAGUGUCUUCCCUAUGAGGCUGAAAUGCAGCCCCAUGCCCCUGUCGCAAGCCAUAAUUUUAAGAGUGACAAGUCCUUAAGAGAAAGCAGUGGGGAAAAUACUCCUUCUACAAUGUUGCAGAUUUCUUUUGAGGAACUUCUUUGUAAUGUGUCUCGAAGUAUGGAGAGCUACAAAGAGCGGCUGAACUUUUUGAAACAUUUUACAAUGUGAAAAUUGGUUAUGACCUGAACCCAUCCCAGAUUGCAAUUCAAAUGCAAUAACCAUUGAAACUACUGGAAACUACUUAAACAACAUGGUGCGUGCAUGCUGGACAUCUUGUAUUAACAUUUCCUGUGAUACGAAGCCAACUGCAAUAUAUAAUGUAACCUACUUAAUAUACAAUGGUGGAAAAACCAGAAUAAUAGACAUCUACUGUUAAAGACCGAUGCUUUCUUCGAUUUAAAUGCUUUUAUGUUCUUGUGGUAAAAUUAUAUUAACAGAUGAUGCAUAAGCAGACUAGUAGAAUUUAGAUGAUAAAUGUGCCAAUGCAGGGUUUUUUUCCUUUUUCCUGCUGUGCUCAAAGCAUCCAAGGAAACAACAAUCACAAUCGCAUGGAUCAGAUGCCAUAGAGGGCACUAUUAGUAAAAUUGCACUAAACCUGUCUAACAUAAUAAUAAUCAAAGAGGGGGAGGGAAUGUAACUUGGCAGGGUUGUAGAAGUCUGCCAUGAACGUUAUCAGUAUCCUGUGCCCGGCACUGUAAUCCAGGAUGUGAUGUAUCUCUGAUUUGUUUGGGAUAAUCUGCAUGUAGAACUGUCUGUACUCUCUUACAUGAAGGGCUGUUCCUUGUUUUAAAUGGAUUGUCCCUCCUUUUAGAAUAGCACACCCUUAUCAACUCAUUUACUGCAUGCAAAGGUAGCUCCAGUUUUCUUAUAGUGGUAUGCCCCCACCAACCAUUUUCCUUCUGUGGAGAGGGUGGCACUGUGCACAAUCCUUUGGCACAUAUGGAGCUUCCCACCCCUCUUGAAAUGAAUGGGACUGCCCACAGACACAAGAGCUCAGUGUGCAUAUGGGGGCACUUAACUGCUCAUUUAUUCCAAAUCCCACAGCCCUAGAACCACUCUCAUUUUUAAAAGUUUGUUUUGGUAACCAUAAUUGUUAGAACUUAACCUCAUGUAUUUAUUUUGCACAUCUCCAGUUUUAGUUUUAUCGCAUCAUUUUGGAAGUUGUUUAGACCAUUCUAAAAUCUCACAGUGCAGGGUUUAUUGAUACCUCCCCUUUUUUCUCAAUAGAGACUGCCUUCUUUUUAGAAAGCUCAUGAUGCAUUGGCCAAGAUGAGGGUAAAUGAAGAGCAAUGAGGACCUAAUCCAUACCUUGGGGGGCAAGGGAACAUUGUCUAAGAAUGGUUUUUAAAAGCCCACAACACCAUGAUUUCUAUUUAGUAUUAAAUUUUCCACUGGCAAAGAACUACUUUCUGUGACUUAAAUAGGGCUUUGUUUGCUUUGGUUGAGUUCAAGGGGCCUUAUUAUUGAAUGAAAUUGCACAAGUAAGUUGGUAAAGAAAACAGUUGCAUCUAAUUGGCAUCAGAGUUAUAAAUCUAAGAAAUUUUGCAAUGCCAUCUCACUCUGUUCAGGAUUCAUUAAUGAUUCUGAAGGCUGAAUAAAGACAAAUAAAUUGUCUUGUUAGAAGCCAGUGACUUGGGGAGGGGGCUUGUUGGGUGAGGCCUUUUGCAACUGGAUUCCAAUAAUCAGAAGGGUUUGCCAAUUUAAUCAAUCCACAAUAAAGCUAAGGAAUGUUCCGAGCUUACUGAACUGCUGCUUGAAUCCUUUAACACACAGGGCACAAGCCAACAAAACCGGGCCCUGUUUAAAACGGUACCUGAAGUAAUGUGAUAGUUUCAGUUUCUGUUGUUAGUCCUAUUCCACUCUAGGUGGUGUCUGCAUCUUUGUGGUCAAGAGAUUCCAAGAAUAGUUAGUAGUAAUUUUGGCCCCAUGUACACAUUUGCUGGAAUGGUGUGGUUGUGUAGCGGUUCCCACACCACUCAGGGAAACAAUAGCCUCCUUUGGCAGUGGUGUGGCUAGGUUGAUACAUAAUUAUGUAGUCAGCUGUAAGUGGGAGUGGCAUAGGAGCAACCACAGAGGCAGCUGCCACUAUGCCAUUCCACGCAACAUUUAAACAGGCACAAAGUCACUUCCAUCUAACUUUUUCUUGAAUAACGCCCAUAAACCCAGACUCUGUCCUAUGCUCUUGUAUGGCCAGUGGAAGCCAGUAGAUGGCCACAUAAAUAUUUUGUGUGGUGUGUGCCUUUAAAGGGAGAGGUUGAUUUCUACACACUCAUUAUUCCACAUGAUCAGACUGUAUAGCAAUGAGCAUAGUCAAACCUGGCCCCGUUUCACAAUUUAUAAUGCUUACAGUGGGAAAAUAUUUCACUGAUAUGAGGUCUGCAGUAUUGAAACUAUCAUCAUGAGCACUUAACCGGUGUUAGCUGUAAAUGUAUUUGAUAUUUUACAUGUAUUCCCCCCUUCCAUAGUUUUAAAUAUGGUCUAACAAAGGCAGCAUAAUCUACUAGCUGUUUAUACUUUGUUUUGAACGUUCUUUUGUUGUAAAUAGUGUAUACAUUCUUGUGAUUCAAGUUAUUGUAGCUUAUAUGCUCUGUAAGGUGAUUAUUUGUAUAUAGAAAAAAUGGCCCAGUAAUAUUAUAUAGUUUCCCAUUUUUUAAAAAAAAUAAAAGGUUAUUGAGUAACCUUUCACAUUAAAUAAGUUUAAACACUACCAGAAAGAAAGAAAAAAGCUGAGCCAACUAAAACACUCAAUUUUUGUAUGUUUUCCAAAUUGUAUGUAUUAAUGCUUUUGAUACUGUAUUAUGUGCCAAUAGUUUCCCAAUCACAUAGCAAGCAAAAGAUAUUUUGUACUUUUUGAU